UUUGUUCUCUUCCUCACUCUUCUCAGACAACAAACACAGGGACUCGGAUCCCAUUAAUAAAUUCUUCGAAUUAACCACCGAGACCAAAAUCAGCAAAAAAUAAAAAUAAAAAUGGAAACACUGAAGUCCAAUUGGAAAUCGAAGAAAAUUCAAUUACCAAUUCGACGAUCCUCCUCUUCAAACUCCGAGUCACUAUCCCACUUCGAAUCACCCAUCUCCCCUCUCCGUUACGACUCCCCUCUCCGAUCCGACCUAGGCGACCCUCCCGAAUCCCCUCCCUACGUCUCUCCCAGCGCUUCACCCGAGAAACCACAACCUCCGCUCCAGAAUUCCGUUGCUGUCACCGACAAGUCUACUCAGUACUCCCCCGCACUUUCCCCUAUCCCGCCGGAUAACCUCGCGGCGCCUCCGCAGGGGAUGCCGGCGGUGGUGCUGAACAGGGCGGUGAGGGAGCAGGGACCGGCUGCGGGAGUGAAGCAGGUGGGGCCGGAGGGGAGGUCGACGGCCUCGGUGAUGAGGGGGUCGAGGAAAGAAGAGAAGAUGAAGAUUGGCGAGUUAGGGUUUAGGGUUAGUGAGAUUAUUUUGUGUUUGAUAUCUUUUUCUGUUAUGGCUGCUGAUAAGACUAAAGGAUGGAGUGGUGAUUCCUUCGAUAGAUAUAAAGAGUACAGGUAUUGUUUGGCUGUGAAUGUGAUUGGGUUUGCGUAUGCUGGAUUCCAAGCUUAUGAUUUAAUCUAUCACAUAGCCACAGAGAAACAUGUGAUUCGACACCAUCUUCGUCAUCACUUCAACUUAUUCAUGGAUCAGAUACUAGCAUAUCUUCUGGUAUCAGCAUCAUCAUCAUCAGCCACUCGGGUUGAUGACUGGCAAUCUAACUGGGGCAAAGAUGAAUUCACAAAGAUGGCAACUGUUUCGGUUGUCAUGGCCUUCCUGGCUUUCAUUGCCUAUGCUGGUAGCUCCCUUAUCUCUGGUUAUAAUUUAUAUAACCGCGACAGGCUUUGAUCUCGAAGGCCUUCUCAUAUUAUAUUGAAUAAGGUUGUGGGAAAGAAAAAAGAGAGAGUCUAAAGCAAAUUUUCUUUAAUGUUGUACAGAGACAAAUUAAUAGCAAGUUUAUCCCUUUUGCAAAAACAUCUUUCCACAAAUCGGAAAUAUGUGUACUAUAGGUAUGGAUAUCUGGAUUCUGGGGUGUAUAUGAAACUAUUUUUACCUUCCCGUCAA